AUGACAGAUGAUGAUUUUGAAACUGAGUAAAACUUAUUAGGAACGAUCUUGUCAAGUAAAUUACUCAAUUAAAUAUUAGUAACUGAUGAAAAUGAAUAUUAAGAUCAGAAGAAGUUAAAUGCAGGUGCUGAAUGCAAUUAGACUUAAACUUAAACAAAAUUCUAAAGAUAAUAUUAGUUUUAAACUGCAGAUUCUUUCAGCAAAUCCUUUGAAUAAAUAAGUUUAAGUUCAGAUCAAUUAUGCAGCCCUAUUUCCCCUGAUGGGAAAUUGUAAUAUAAAAAUCCAGGAGUUUGCACUUCAUUUAGUUCAGAUAAUCAAACAAGUUUAGAGAAUUCAAUGAUUUUUGGGAAUCCUCGUUGUUUUGAUUACUUUUAAAAAUAACCUGAAUAAUUUUCACCAAUAUUUUACAGUUAAAACAAUCCAAUUUGGCCUUCAUAUCAAAAACCAAGUCAAAAUUUAGACAUAUAAUUAGACAUUGAUAUUGUAAAUUUUGUUAUUUUAUUAAUUUCUAUAGGAGAAUAUGUGUGGAAAUCAAAUACUCUCUAGAAAGGUUUAGAAGAUAUUUGAAACUGGAUCACCCAAUUAAAAGCAAUAAAUAUUCUGUAAAGUGCAAACUAAUUGUUAAGAAUUCUCAAAAGAUAUUUUUGGAAAUUACUUAAUUCAGAAGAUUCUUGAAAAAGGUAUAAAAUCAAUAUUAAUAUUAUUUAGGCACUGUUGUUUAAUAAAUUUAGAUCUUUAAUUAAUUAUUGCCUUAUGUAUUUGAAUUAUCUAAAAAUAAUUUUGGUUGUAGAGUUAUCUAGAAACUUAUAGAUAUUAUGUCCAAUAAUGAUAGAUUAAUAAAUCCAUUUAUUCAAGAAAUUAAAUAAAAUGUUUAAUCACUUUUAAUUGAUUAAAAUGGGAAAUAUGUAAUUUUAAAAUGCUUGGAAAACUUUUAAAUAGAUGUAGUUAAAUUUAUACUAAAACCAUCUGAAGAAUUAUGUAUACAUAUGUGUGAUUCUUAAUAUGGAUGCAAAAUAAUAUAAAAACUAAUUGAUAACUAUCCAUCUUAAGUGGACAAUUUGAUAUAAAUUUGUAUAUCAAAUUAAGAACUCCUUUAUAAAUCUUAAUAUGGAAAUCACAUCAUUUAAUAUGCCAUAAAAUAACCAAAAAAUCUAGAAAUUAUAGCAAAUUAUAUUGUAAAUCAUUUAGAAUAUUUAUGUUUUAAUAAAUAUGCAAGUAAUACAGUUGAAGCUAUCCUUGAAUAUUUAACUCCAAAGCUUAAGAAUGAUUUUGUAUAAGUUUUAAUCAAGCUUUCAGAUUAAAAUAGAAUGUAAUAUUAUGUAUUAUUCUUAGGUUCAUUUUUAUUAAUAUAGCUACUAAUCCUUUUGGAAAUUAUGUUAUUAAAAAGUUAUUAUAAGUCUUUGAAUUGGAACAUACAUAAUAACUGUUAAAUCUAAUAAGAUAGAAUUUAAAUUUGUUAUAAUACAUAAAAUAAUCAGAAUAUGGAUAAAGAAUAUAUACUAUAUUGACAACAUAGUUAAAUGAUUAAAAUUGA